AUGGAGAAGGAUCCAGAGCCUACACGUGCAGAGAUCCGAAAGUGGCCUCAAGAGCUCAAGGACAUGCGAAAGGUUGAGCUCCAUCGCAAGCGGAUGUUGCGCUUUCGAGGCCGACGUGCAGACCAGAAGAAGAACAUGCACGAGGAGUGUCGUCGUCUGGAACAGGAACUGGAGCAGCGCCUCACCGGUUUGAGUCGAAACGGUGACUGUACCGGUCGUGGGAGGACAGUCCAAGUCCAGCAUCAGAUGCAGCAACUUGUAUUAGAGCGCGAAUGUCUUCGAGAAGAGAGCGAAACGUUGCGUCAAGAACUUGCACGAUACCAGAAAUUUACGCAACUC